GGCCGUGGACGGCGGGGGCGCGGGCGGGGCCGCGCGGAGGGCGGGUCGGACCGCCCAACCGAGGCUUGGUGCGGCUCCGCGCGGUUAUCGGCAGGGCCACGCUAGCUAAAAUGUAAUUUCAGAUUGGAAAAGUGGAGGGACGGCAAUGCUCGGCGGAGAUCAGGAACUCGGGAGCUACUACGUGGGUGUGGACGUGGGGACAGGCAGUGUCCGUGCAGCUCUGGUGGACCAGAGGGGUAUCCUCUUGGCUUUCGCAGACCAGCCAAUCAACCAGUGGGAGCCUCAGUUCAACCACCACGAGCAGUCCUCCGAGGACAUCUGGGUUGCGUGCUGCAUCGUCACAAAGAAAGUUGUACAAGGGAUUGAUUUAAACCAAAUUCGAGGGCUUGGGUUUGAUGCCACGUGUUCUCUGGUUGUUUUGGAUAAGCAGUUUCAUCCUUUACCAGUGAAUCAUGAAGGGGAUUCUCAUCGAAACAUCAUCAUGUGGCUGGACCACCGGGCGGUCAAUCAGGUCCACAGGAUCAACGAAACCAAGCACAGUGUCCUGCAGUACGUUGGGGGCGUGAUGUCUGUGGAAAUGCAGGCCCCGAAGCUUCUGUGGCUAAAAGAGAACUUGAGAGAGACUUGCUGGGAUAAGGCGGGACAUUUCUUUGAUCUCCCAGACUUCUUAUCGUGGAAGGCAACAGGUGUCACAGCACGGUCUCUCUGCUCCCUGGUGUGCAAAUGGACAUACUCUGCAGAGAAAGGCUGGGAUGACAGUUUCUGGAAGAUGGUUGGUUUGGAAGACUUGGUUGCAGAUAAUUACAGCAAAAUAGGAAACCAAGUGCUGCCUCCUGGAACUUCUCUUGGAAAUGGGCUCACACCAGAGGCAGCAAAGGACCUUGGCCUUCCUGCUGGAAUUGCAGUGGCAGCUUCACUAAUUGAUGCCCAUGCAGGAGGACUAGGAGUGAUUGGAGCAGAUGUGAGGGGGCAUGGCCUCGCCUGUGAGGGACAGCCGGUGACGUCGCGGCUGGCUAUCAUCUGUGGAACAUCUUCUUGUCACAUGGGGAUCAGCAAAAACCCGAUCUUUGUACCAGGAGUCUGGGGCCCUUAUUUCUCAGCCAUGGUCCCUGGGUUCUGGCUGAAUGAAGGUGGCCAGAGCGUUACUGGAAAAUUGAUAGAUCACAUGGUACAGGGCCAUGCUGCCUUCCCAGAACUACAAGCCAAGGCCACAGCCAGAUGCCAGAGUAUAUAUGCAUAUUUGAACAGUCACCUGGAUCUGAUUAAGAAGACUCAGCCCGUGGGUUUCCUCACUGUUGAUUUACAUGUUUGGCCAGAUUUCCAUGGCAACCGGUCUCCCUUAGCAGAUCUGACACUAAAGGGCAUGGUCACCGGAUUGAAACUAUCUCAGGACCUCGAUGAUCUUGCCAUUCUCUACCUGGCCACAGUUCAAGCCAUUGCUUUCGGGACGCGCCUCAUUAUAGAGGCCAUGGAGUCAGCAGGGCACUCGAUCAGCACCCUUUUCCUCUGUGGGGGCCUCGGCAAGAACCCCCUUUUUGUGCAAAUGCAUGCGGACAUUACCGGCAUGCCUGUGGUCCUGUCGCAAGAGGUGGAGUCUGUUCUCGUGGGUGCUGCUAUUCUGGGGGCCUGUGCCUCGGGGGAUUUCGCUUCUGUACAGGAGGCAAUGGCAAGAAUGAGCAAAGUUGGGAAAGUUGUGUUUCCUAGACGUGAGGAUAAAAGGGUCUUGCCAGGAAACUUCUGGGAGCUUAUGAAAUCUACAGGAAAUGUACAUUCAUCAGUGACAGAGAUGACUUCACCCUUAAUUUGAACUUGCACUUCUUCAUUGAAACCCUAGAAUAAUCUCUUUUUGGGCAACCCAACAGGUUAGUAAUAACAUCACUUGUAAAUACUGAACUAAAAUGCAUUAAAAAGCAGUAUCAUUAAGUGAUAUAAAAUCACUUAAGUCUAUAAAAGCCCCAGAAGCAAAAUUCUCAGUGUCAUGCACAGUCUCCAAAUGAACAUUAAUUUCAUAACAGGAGUGAAAUUAUUCCCUUUUAUACACAGUGGAAAGUAGUCCACAUCCUUUAUCCCCUUUCUCCAGUUUCUUUCUCAAUAGUCACCAUGGCUGAAAAUACCUGUGGGGAUGAAGUUUGUCCUAAUCCCAUCACCUAAAAGUUCAGAUCUACUGAGUGCCCAAGUCAAUUCUGUCCAAGAUUGUCUCUUUGGCAAAGCCUAAAACUCACCCAUGGUUAGUGUUUGGGAUUGGUCUUGCUUCCCUAAACCCAGUACAGUAUUUAACAGAGCUAGGCACUUGCACUGACUGUGAUCACAGGUCUGAGAACUAGAAGCUGUUUUAAAAUGUCAAUUUUUGUCAUCAUCUCUCUUCCCUACCUAGGGUUUGUAAAUCCCCUUGCCCAGGGCCUGGGCAUUCUUAUUUCAAAAUAUCUCCCAGAUUCUGAAAACUGUUACAAUCUAGAUAUGUCUCUUGUUGCAUUUAACUGACUGUGGAUCUCGAUGCUGAUCGGAUGUUGGAUCUUCUGUGUGGGGGAAUGCUUCAGGAAUGAAUGCUUUGCUGGCAAGGUCCACUGGAUUGUCUGCUGCUGAUAUGGUGACUCUUCUAGAAUGGCUGCUCUUUUUGAAUGUCUAGUUCCAUGCCUGUCCAGGCCAGGGUUUUCUUCUAGCUGGUGAACACCCUCAGCCAUCCAGGGUAUCUACAUAUCAGCAGAGAAAACCUUAGACUUCUCCAUUUUUUCACUCCAUGGUUUGAGUGUGCAAGACAUAGAUUUCCUCUUUACAAGAGAGCCUACUACAAUUCUUUUUAAGGUACUUAAUCAGGGAUUUUCUCCUUUUAUCAUGUAUCCAUCCACUUAGAGUCCAAUUCAGAGCUUAAAAUCUCAUCCUGACCUCGUCUUUCUCUUAAAUUUUUUUUGGCUUAUUUUAAAAAGGUAAUAUUAGUUCAUUUUGGUAAAAUAGGAAAAUGAAAAAAAAUAAUCACAGUGAAUAACCUCUACAAACAUUUUAAUAUAUCUUCUUUCAGUUUUUUUAAUGAGUGCAAACACACACACACACCUUAAGAUAUACACACAGUGUAAAUAAUAGUUAAAAUAGAUUGAGCAACUAUUAUGAGCUAGGAAUUCUGUUAGGCAUUUUAUAUGCAUUUGGUCUUCACAGCAACCAUAAGAGAAAAUGUGGAGCAAAUUGCUGUUUUUGUUUUUGUCUGCAGGCAUCCAGCUCCCCUACUCCAUCCACAUGGGGCAACCACCCCAUGAUUUCAACUUGGGUCUGCAGACCUGGUGGGGCAGCCAGUCGAGGUCCUUUGUCUUCUUCUGGCAAAGGGUUGGAUACAUAUCCCUGAUAGACCCAUCAGAUGCCCUUCCUGCAACUUGAAUCUUGAACAGAGUGACUCAGAAAGACUUACAACCAUUUUAUCAUAUUCAUCUGGGUGGUGCUCUCCUGAAAAGACUUCUUAUAAUUUUUGCUACCUCGAUCUGAUGAGCUGCUCUGGGACUUGCCCUUUCCCAUGCAGAGUUCUUCAAAUUUUUCUCCGAAUCUGUGAGAUUUUCUACACUUGCAAUAACAUUGUUUUCUUUAUAGUUACCAGGUUUGAUUUCACCCACUUACCACCAAAAAAAUCCCUAAGCAAUAUACACAUGUACAGAAAUAUACAAGUAUUAUUCAAGUUUACAGAUGAUAAGAUCACUACAGAAAUUUUCUAAAUUAUUGUAAAGUACAAAGAAGGUAAAACUUACCAAUUAUUCCAAAACCUAGAUAUUAUCAUUAUUACUAUUCACAUUUUUGUUUAUUUCCUUUAGUCUCUCCUCUCUCUGUGUAUAUAUACAUACAUAUAUACACACACAUGUGUCCACAGAUAUGUCUAUAUAUAUACAGAGAGAGAAAUCCAUACUGUAUGUACAGAUUUGUAUCAUCACUUUUUAAUUUUAAUAUUAUUUUGUAAGCAUUUUCCUGAGUAAUUAAACUUCUUUCAAACUA